UCAUUGCUGUUACUCUUUGAUUAGAUUCGCCAAGCGGCCAGUUAUGGUUUUGGUGUGAUGGCUAUGAAUGGUGGUCCAGUGUAUGCACGUGCUUGUGCCGAUAUUUUACCUCGAUUAUUUCAAAUAAUUGCUCAACCCGAUAGUCGAUCAGCUGAAAAUAAUACAGCUACAGAAAAUGCCAUAGCGGCUGUCACAAAAAUAUUUAAAUAUAAUAACUCACAAACUGAAAACAUCAAUAAAUUAUUGCAAGUGUGGUUUAGUUGGUUACCAGUCCAUGAAGAUGUCGAAGAAACUCCACAUGUGUACGGCUAUUUAUGUGAUCUAAUUGAAUCAAACAAUCCCGUUAUUGUUGGUGUUGAAAACUGUAAUGUACCGGCUGUAAUUCGAUUAUUUGCUGACAGUUUUGCGAAAUCAUCCAUUCAAGUUAAUUCAAUUGUUGGACAAAGAAUGGUACUUAUUUUAAAACAUGUACAAACUAUUCCCACAAUAUUUCAAACGUGUAUGGCAAUAUUAUCUGUUGAAGAACGCAAUGCACUAGCCGCUGCUCUUUCUGCUACUAUACCUCAACCUCUCCAUCCAAAUUCAACAUUAACACCCUCCGGUGGUGUUAUUCCAACACACAAUGAUCGUGGAGAACAUGGAGCUGUUAUUACGAAUAACCAUCAUGCUAGUCUUUGA